ACGUUCAAAACGCGGACACGGCUCCGCCAUGCCCCACUCGGCCCGGGGCAGACGCCCGAACACACGCCUGACAGUGAGAAAUGGUUACCCCCCACUGGCCGUAUCGCUCGAGUGAACAAGUUGCCGUGAGCCCUCGGCUUCAACGUCCCAACCAAGAUGUCGGGCACACUGAAUCUGGAUACGGCUGUGACGCUCCCCUCCGGUCACACCAUGCCCCUGUUGGGUCUGGGAGUGUACCAGAACGACGACUGCGUUCCAGCGUGCCUCGCUGCGCUGAAGCAUGGCUAUAGGCAUAUCGACUCGGCGCGUAUGUAUCGCAACGAAGCCCAAGUCGGGCAGGCAGUGCGCGAGAGCGGUGUACCCCGCGCAGAGGUCUUCGUGACCACCAAGAUAUACGAUCCUGACCACGGGUACGAAAGCACGCUGAAGGCUGUCGACGAGUCUCUGCAGAGCUUCGGCUUCGACUACAUCGACCUCUACCUGAUUCACAGCCCCCUCUCCGGCAAGGAACGGCGCCUCGAGACCUGGAGAGCCCUCCUCGACGCCCAAAAAGCCGGCAAGGUCCGCACUGCUGGUGUAUCUAACUAUGGAAUCAAGCACCUCAAGGAGAUUCGCGACGCCGGGCUCGAGACACCCGCGGUGAACCAGAUCGAGGUGCAGCCGUUCUGCCAACAAGGGCCGAUCGUCGAGUACUGCCGCAAGAACGGGAUCUUCGUCCAGGCGUACUGCCCGCUCGUGCGCGGGAGGUUUGACGACCCCGUCUUACAGGAGGUCGCGAGGAAGUACAACAAGGACGGAGCACAGGUUCUCGUCAGGUGGUCGCUGCAACAUGGGUACAACCCGCUCCCGAAGUCGUCCCGCCCCGACCGCGUGGUCUCCAACGCAGCCGUGUAUGACUUCGACAUCUCGGGUGAGGACAUGGCGAAAGUCGACGCCCUCGACAAGGGCGCAGCGGGCGCGACGAGCUGGAACCCAGUUGACGCGGAGUGAUGGACUGCGCAUCAAUACGUCCCUGAGGGCAACAAAGGGUGAACGCAGAAUGUAUUACGAGAUACGACUAAUGUAGCAAAGAAGAAACGUCCGCGCUGUGACCUCCCGUCCUCAUCGAACCCGCUGCCUUCAUUACGCCCUCCACGCUCUCCACGUGUCGCGCAGCCAGGUGAGCCGCUGCACACUGAAGAGGCCCUGCCUCGUACCGGCGUCGACGUACUGCCUCUGCUCGAGCGCCAACGCUACCUGCACGAUAUCGACAGAACGGUGAGCACUUCCAUUGGCUUCGAGGGGAACGAGGAGCUACGUGCAUCGCGAACGAGACUCUGCGCGUCCUCCUCGCGCAGCAUGCACACGACCGUUGCGAUGUGCACGCGCGAGAGCUCCUGCGAGGCCUGCACGAAGAGCGCGUGGAACACCGGCCAUUCGUCGUCGGGGAUCGUUACCGGCUGGUGUCGCCGGUCUGCAAGAGG